CCGCGGCGGGCGAGCGCGAGGACAGCGCACCGCGAGGCCCCGCGCGUGCGUGCAGACUCGCGCUCGCUCGCGCGCCGGGGCUGGCGGGCUGAGCAGAGGAGUCGGAGCCCCCGCCGCCGCCGCGGGCGAAGCCUCGGGGUCCGCUCGGCGUCGUCCCGGUCCCCGUAACUCCCGCUUCCCCCCACCCGGGGCCGGGCCAUGGCGGAACGCGGAGGGACGGGCGGUGGUCCCGGAGGCGCCGGGGGCGGUAGCGGCCAGCGGGGCUCUGGGGCCGCCCAGUCCCCACAGCAGCAGCAGCAGCAGCCGCCGCCGCAGCAGCCGCCGCAGCAGCCGACGCCCCCCAAACUGGCCCAGGCCACCUCGUCGUCCUCGUCCACCUCGGCGGCGGCCGCCUCCUCCUCGUCCUCGUCCACCUCCACCUCCAUGGCCGUCGCAGUGGCCUCGGGCUCCGCGCCUCCCGGCGGCUCCGGGCCAGGCCGCACCCCCGCCCCGGUGCAGAUGAACCUGUACGCCACCUGGGAGGUGGACCGGAGCUCGUCCAGCUGCGUGCCCAGGCUGUUCAGCUUGACCCUGAAGAAGCUCGUCAUGCUCAAAGAAAUGGACAAAGAUCUUAACUCAGUGGUCAUUGCCGUGAAGCUGCAGGGUUCCAAAAGGAUUCUUCGCUCCAACGAGAUCAUCCUUCCGUCUAGUGGACUCGUGGAAACAGAGCUCCAAUUAACUUUCUCCCUUCAGUACCCUCAUUUCCUUAAGCGAGAUGCCAACAAGCUGCAGAUCAUGUUGCAAAGGAGAAAGCGUUACAAGAACCGGACCAUCUUGGGCUACAAGACCCUGGCUGUGGGGCUCAUCAACAUGGCUGAGGUGAUGCAGCACCCUAACGAAGGCGCCCUGGUGCUUGGCCUGCACAGCAACGUGAAGGACGUCUCUGUGCCUGUCGCAGAAAUCAAGAUCUACUCCCUGUCCAGCCAGCCAAUCGACCACGAAGGAAUCAAAUCCAAGCUGUCUGAUCGUUCUCCUGACAUUGACAACUACUCGGAGGAGGAGGAGGAGAGUUUCUCGUCGGAACAGGAGGGCAGCGAUGACCCCCUGCACGGGCAGGACCUGUUCUAUGAGGAUGAGGAUCUGCGGAAAGUAAAGAAAACUCGGAGGAAACUGACCUCAGCCUCUGCCAUCACGCGGCAACCUAACAUCAAACAGAAGUUUGUGGCCCUCCUGAAGCGAUUUAAAGUUUCAGAUGAGGUGGGCUUUGGGCUAGAGCAUGUGUCCCGGGAGCAGAUACGGGAGGUAGAAGAGGACCUGGAUGAACUGUAUGACAGUCUGGAGAUGUACAAUCCCAGCGACAGCGGGCCCGAGAUGGAGGAGACAGAGAGCAUCCUCAGCACGCCAAAGCCCAAGCUCAAGCCCUUCUUUGAGGGGAUGUCGCAGUCGAGCUCGCAGACGGAGAUCGGCAGCCUCAACAGCAAGGGCAGCCUCGGGAAGGACACCACCAGCCCUAUGGAAUUGGCUGCUCUUGAAAAAGUCAAAUCUACUUGGAUUAAAAACCCAGAUGACAGCUUGACUGAAACAGACACUCUGGAAAUCACUGACCAGGACAUGUUUGGAGAUGUAAGCACCAGUUUGAUUGUGCCAGAGAAAGUCAAAACUCCCAUGAAAUCCAGCAAAACGGAUCUGCAGGGCUCUGCCUCCCCCAGCAAAGUGGACGGGGUGCACACACCCCGGCAGAAGAGGAGCACCCCCCUGAAGGAGCGGCAGCUCUCCAAGCCCCUGAGCGAGAGGACCAACAGCUCCGACAGCGAGCGCUCGCCGGACCUGGGCCACGGCACUCAGGUUCCAAGAAAGGUGAUAUAUGACCAGCUGAAUCAGAUCCUGGUGUCAGAUGCAGCCCUUCCAGAAAAUGUCAUCCUUGUGAACACUGCUGAUUGGCAAGGCCAGUAUGUGGCUGAGCUGCUCCAGGACCAGCGGAAGCCUGUCGUGUGCACCUGCUCCACUGUGGAGGUCCAAGCUGUGCUGUCUGCCCUGCUCACCCGCAUCCAGCGCUACUGCAACUGCAACUCCUCCAUGCCAAGGCCAGUGAAGGUGGCGGCUGUGGGAGGCCAGAGUUACCUGAGCUCCAUCCUCCGAUUCUUUGUGAAGUCCCUGGCCAGCAAGACCUCCGACUGGCUUAGCUACCUGCGCUUUCUCAUCGUCCCCCUCGGUUCUCACCCUGUGGCCAAAUACCUGGGCUCAGUCGACAGCAGAUACAGCAGCACCUUCCUUGAUUCUGGCUGGAGGGACCUGUUCAGUCGCUCGGAGCCCCCUGUGUCAGAACAACUGGACGUGGUGGGGCGGGUGAUGCAGUAUGUCAACGGGGCGAGCGUGACACACCAGCUUCCUGUGGCCGAGGCCAUGCUGACCUGCAGGCAUAAGUUCCCUGACGAAGACUCCUAUCAGAAGUUUAUCCCCUUCAUUGGCGUGGUGAAGGUGGGUCUGGUUGAAGACUCUCCUUCAACCACAGGCGAUGGGGACGAUUCGCCAGUGGUCAGCCUCACUGUGCCCUCCACAUCACCGCCCUCCAGCACAGGCCUGGGCCGGGACGCCACUGCCACGCCCCCUUCCUCACCAUCCAUGAGCAGCGCCCUCGCCAUUGUGGGGAGUCCCAACAGCCCGUAUGGGGAUGUGAUUGGCCUCCAGGUGGACUACUGGCUGGGCCACCCUGGGGAGCGGAGGAGGGAGGGUGACAAGAGGGACGCCAGCUCAAAGAACACCCUCAAGAGUGUCUUCCGCUCAGUGCAAGUUUCCCGCCUGCCCCAUGGUGGAGAGGCCCAGCUUUCUGGCACCAUGGCCAUGACCGUCGUCACCAAAGAGAAAAACAAGAAAGUUCCCACCAUCUUCCUGAGCAAGAAACCCCGAGAAAAGGAGGUGGAUUCUAAGAGCCAGGUCAUCGAAGGCAUCAGCCGCCUCAUCUGCUCCGCCAAGCAGCAGCAGACCAUGUUGAGAGUGUCCAUUGAUGGAGUUGAGUGGAGUGACAUCAAGUUUUUCCAGCUGGCAGCCCAGUGGCCCACCCAUGUCAAGCACUUCCCAGUGGGACUGUUCAGUGGCAGCAAGGCCACAUGAGGGCACUGUCUCCGGGCCACUCACCCUCCUGGCACUGCUGCCCCGGCCUCACCGCCUGCGGGCAGGGGGAGGCCAGCAGCCCCAGGCCCCAGAUUCCCUCUCCUGGCCCUGGGGGCUGCAUUUCACUUGUCCCAUCCUGAAGGACACUGCCACUGGGGCUGCCACUGCCCCCGCCCCACAGCUCAGACCCUCCUGGUGCCACCCCUCCUCCUCCCUCUGCGGCCCUCUCCCCUCCUCCUCUCCCCCCUGCUCCAGGCCAAGGGCCGGUUGGUUUUGCCUUCUGGCACCUGUUAGUCCCUGGAGUUGAGACCUCUGGGCCUGUCUCCCCUUGUGGCCCCAGCUCCUGAACUGGAAUAGGAAACCUGGAUGACUGAGCCCACAGCGGGAGAGUCCAGUCCUCCUGUCCCAGGCCCCAGGGCACGUCUUCUCAGGCCCAGCUGCCAGAGGCCACUCAUCCCGCCUCCCUGAGUGGGUCCCAGGGGCCAAAGAGCAACUGUCUGCCUAGGGCUAGGGCCACCUGCCACCUCCUGUGGGGACUCUGCCUUGCCCCGCAGCUGGGCACCCUGAGCUCACAGGGCAGGAGGCAGCCCCACCCCAUCCUCACCCCAGGACAGUGUCUCUGUGGUGACGUGGUGUAUCUUGGGGUGGAGGGGCCCUCCCAGUCUCCCACAUGCACGACUUUCUCACCCACCCCCAAGGCCCUGUCGAUUCAUGUGUGUCCCUGAGAGUUUUUUGGUUCUUUGCACGGCAGUCUCCGGGUCGUUCUGUGUGCCUCGCCCUGUGCUGCCGUCCUGUCCUCGUGGCUUUCUCCCUGGUUGAUGCUGCCCACCCUCUCCCUCCCGCCCUCUCCACCCGGCACAGAUCCGCCUCUUCCCGCAACUCCAGUCUCUGAGAGAUGGGAGGCAGGCCCGCCUGGCCACCAACGGGUGGUUUGCAACCCCAACCACCCCUCUCUCAUCGCACUUUUCCCAUCCGUGUCACUUUUUCUCGUCCCUGGGUCUGUUCUCCCCACCUCCUCACUCCUCGGGCCCCCGACCCAGAUGGGGCUCUCCCCGCUGGGUUCAACGUGGCUGUGAUCCCACUCCUCCAGCCUGGCCUGGGCAGGGACCCCAUCCUCCCAGCCAGGCUCCCUCCAGCAGGCUCUGGGCCCUCCCUCUCACCACGGUUGCGGGGUCUGAGCCUAUUCUUGGCCUUGGCUGUCUGUAGAGGCUGAGAACAGAGUCUAGAUCACAGCCCCCAGCCCUCCAUCCCAGCCAGCAUCUCCAGAGCUUUUUCAUUGCCCUCUCAUUCCAUCCUGGAAGUUUUUGCACAGGACUUCAUUUUGAAAAGUGUUUUUCUCAUCCUCCAUACCUCCCUACACUCUCCUCCAGCCUCACCCAUGGCUCAGUCCUGCUGUCCAGAGCAUCUGCCUGGGCUCCGCUGCUCUCCAGGGGCCGGAGAGAGGGCGUGGGGUGGAAGGGGCUGAGUUGAUGUUGGAUUUUUCAUUCAAUAAACCGGUGAUUUCUUAC